GAUAAAUCACCUAUCAAUCAAUUAUCCUUUAUCCAAUAGGCUGCAAGAUAGCGCCGCGUUUCACUGAGUUUAUUUCUAUGCAGCAGUACAGGUUACUAUACUGUUCAGUACGGUAGAAAGCCGUUGGUUAGAGUUAAGUUUCGCCAAAAUACCCGGAAGAAAUUAUGCUAAAGCGAAAUUAGAGACAACAAACAUGACGGAGAGUGUUCGAUACUGUGCGAGGUGCUCGUACCUUUUGCUGAAGUUUGUUUUAGUGGUCUAUGCUACACUUUUCUGGCUGAUAGGUGGCUUCAUCUUGGCAAUUGGCAUUUAUGCUGAAGUUGAGAGGCAGCGCUACAAAACUCUGGAAGGUAUCUUCCUUGCUCCAGCCAUCAUCCUGAUUGUGCUGGGGAUUGUCAUGUUUAUCGUCUCCUUCAUCGGCGUGUUGGCGUCGCUGCGAGACAACUUGACUCUCCUCAAAGUGUUCCUCUACACGCUGGCACUCUGUCUUGUUUUGGAGCUCUUGGGCGGAAUUGUGGCGCUGCUAUUCAGGAACAGAACAGUGGAUCUUCUUAAUAAAAAUGUUCGUAAAGGCAUGGUGAAUUACUACGAUGAUCUAGACUUCAAAAACAUCAUGGAUUUUGUUCAAAGAAAGUUCAAAUGCUGUGGUGGGACGGAGUAUAAAGACUGGUCGGUGAACAUGUACCAUAAAUGCUCAGCCCCAGGACCUCUGGCCUGUGGAGUGCCUUAUACAUGCUGUACUACCAUGCCAAAUGAAGUUACAAAUACAUUGUGUGGAUACAAAGUCCUUGAAAAAGAUAGAUUAGAGCUCACAAACACCAUCAAUGUGCGAGGAUGCACUGACGCUGUCUUUCUCUGGUUAAUGGAUAACUACAAGACCAUGGCUGGAAUCCUACUUGGUAUAUUAGUUCCGCAGUUUUUUGGUGUGAUUGUGACCUGGCUGUAUAUCACUCGCGUGGAGGACGCCAUCGAGGAGUACGGACAGUAUCAGGACACUCUGAUAAACCAAGAAGCCAAGACACAGAGCAAAAUUGCCAAGUGCUGUAAAUGCAUGCCUCUGUUUGACUAAGUGAACUUUCACUCAGACUCCCUGAACAAAGAGCAUCAGCUUGGAGUACUUGAUUUGAUUCACCAUGAAACCACCACAUGCAUUUUACUUUUUACAGGGUUGUGUUGUGGCCAAUUUUCUCUCAGGGUUCUUCAGGUCAUCAUUAGAAUUCUUCUUUGCAAUAGGCGAAGACCUCAGUUAAACUUAUAUCCUUUGAAUACUAGAAUUUUCUUUUUUUCCAAUAACAGUGUAUAGCUAUGUUUAUAAUUGAUUCAGUUUGGAUAAAUUAUACAUUUUUUCACAUUUGCACUGGACAGAUACUGGGUUUUAGUAAUACAUAAUUACAUAGACUACCUAACAUUUUUUGAAUAUUAUUAUUUUUAUUUUUUGUUAUGGUAAAGAUUGAACCACUUUGCAGUGUACAACACUUUUGUUGAACAUUUACAACACAUGAAAUAUGUGCCUUUUAUAAUAAGAUAUGUGAAGGUUUAAAGGUUUGCUUUUUUAGAAUUAUUUUUAGUAUAAGCUCUGAGUAUUGUAAUUUGCUUUAACCAAUUUGUAAAGCAUUAAUUCACUUUUUUAUAUUUAUCAGGGUCUAGGAAAACUUGGCUGAAAUGAUAAAAUGAUGCACAGCUAAUAGGAAACUAGUUUAUUGACAGAUCAGAUUUGUUCCCAGAAGUGUGGACAUUUUAUUUAAUUUGUUUGUUUGUUUUUCCCCAAAUAAGAUCCUAGCCAUUUUUGUAUGUGGUCCUCUAUCAGACACCUGCUCCAUAUUUGACUCUGCAAUAUGAAUGAGAGAGGUGAAUAUGAAUGUGUACAACAUGCAUACAGUGUUUUUCAAAAUGACAGAAGUGCUGAAAGAAGGAUGGAGAAGCUAAUGUUUUCCUUUACAUUUAUGAGUAUUAUUCUUUGGAAUUGAGCAAAGCCAAUCACAAUUGUGGCUACAUUCCUAAAAGAAAUCCUCUCUAUACACUCUGCACUUCCACCACCUCCUCUCCUGUAUACACACACCUCUCAGUGCAGCAAUAUUGCUACAAAAACCCUUUCUCGGCUGCCCUAUAUACAGAGGAUGAACCAUUUGCUGACUUCCAGAACAGACAGAUGCUUUUUUUCUAGGUCAUUUAUUUGUUUUUCUAUUAUAAAGGAUUUUCUUUUUUUUCUGUUGAUGUGAAUUAGGCAUCACUGAUAUUCAUGUGCUCAUGCAGAAGUUUUCAGGACAUGGGUGUGUUAUGUAUAUGAAUUGGCAAGAUAGACAAUUUUGAGCAAAGAUUUAAAAAAAAUGUGUAUUGAAGCUGGUAAUGUGAAUGUAGCCUUAGUGUGAUUUCCUCCCACUGUAAACCUCAGGCUUUAAUCCAGUUGUUGGAUAAAUAAGGGAAUUUUAUUUCUUCUGGAGGUAACCAGAUUUUAGUAUGUUUUAACUGUGAUUGCAAUACAUGAAGAAACACAAUGCCAAAGAGAACGCUUCUGUGUAAUGCAACUUCACAAAGGGAAAGGUUUUCCCAGACUACCAUUAUACCUAUUAAGCUCUAAAUUAUUGAAGCAAUUGUAAUUAUCCUUAUUUUGCCUAACUAAACAUUCAGUAUAAUU